AUGGUCCAACUCAUCGCUACAGAGCGCAUCAUCGACGCGCUAGAAGCUAUCCCGCUUCAGCAGCGCGAAGAGCUAGACCUACCUGCCACGUUGGAAAUCCAAGGUCCCAUAUCCCACGAGCAAUUGAUUCGACUCGCCAGCCACCUUCAACAAAACCCAGCACUAUCUAAAGACACAAGCCACACUCCAACCGUCCUCGGCUCCCUCCUCUGCGGGACGAAAGUCUACGUCCCUCCGCCACCAAAGAAGCCAGAGCCGACACCCGAAUACCUCGCCUCCAAAGCCCGUCUCCUCGCCUUAACAGAACAAGAAUCCUACAACCGCCUCCUAAACCCCACCUACCAGCCAAACAUCCAUGACGCCUACGCCACACAAGCCAGCGGACUGGAAGAAGAUACGCUGACGAUAUCACUGGUUACGAGUAUAUUCAUCUCGGUGCUGGUUUCCGGGUUUAGUGUUUAUGCGGCGUUGACGCGGUUCCCGGCGCCGGCGAUGAUGGCCAGCGAGGCGGUGAAGGUUUUGUUGGGGCUUUUUGCGGGUGUGGGGGUUGCGGUUGCGGAGUCGUUUUUGUAUUGGAGUUAUCUGGGGAAGGUUGAGAGGGCGAGGAAUAAGGAGAGGAGGGUUAGGGAGAGGAAGGUUGUUAUUGGGCCUGUUGGGGAGAGUGAGGAGGGUGGGGAUGGUGAUGGGGUGGAGGUUGGUGGUGUGGAAAAGGAGGAGAUUUGGGGGAAGGGGGUUAAUGGGGGGGUUAGGAGGAGGGUUAGGGAGAAGUGGGAGAAGGGGAGGGAUGUUGAUUAG